GAAAAAGAAUUAGAAAAUAUGAAAGAAUAAUAGAAAUUAGCACUUUAAGAUAAUGUAAAUCUAAAAAAAUAAUAUGAAUAAGAUUAGACCACAAUGUUAAAGAAAUUUGAAGAUGAUUGUAAUAGAUUAUGAUAUUAUUCCAUAGAAAAAAAAGUAAAAUAGGAAUUUGAUUAAAAUUUAACUGAAUAAAAAUCAUAAUUAUAAUAAGCAUUAAACAAACUUGAUUAAAUUGAAAAAGUUAAAAUAGAAUAAGAAAAAUAAAACAAACUAGAAUUAGAAAAAGUAUAUUUUUAAUCAAUUUAUUAUAUUAUUUUUAGAUUCAAUAAUAUUACAAAUCAAUAUCAUUUUCAAAUACUUAUAAGCAUAGUAAUUGUUCAGUAAGUGAAGCAGCAAAAGUUGUACAAUUUAGUGGUAAUAGUUGGAUUUAUUGUCUUUGUGAAUAAGCAAUUCCAAAGACUGGGAAAAUAUAGUUUGCAUUUUAAAUGAUAAGUGGACCAUCUUUUAUGGUUGGAAUAGGAUUUAGAGAGAUUAUGUAGAAAAAUAAUUAUUUAAAUUGUUAUAGUGCUGGGUAGGGGUAUAUAAUUAAAUUAUAAUAGAACAUAUUUAAUAUGUAGUAAUAGUUAAACUCUUUCUCAUCAUAACAAAGAUCUAGAUGGUAAAUAAUUAUCAUUCUAAUUUACAACUAAUGAUAUAAUAAUAAUUGAAGUAUGUAUUGAACAUAAAUACAUUAAAUGGAUUAGACUGAAUAAUGGAUAAUCAACAUUUGUUGUAAAUAUAAAAUUGAUUAUUAGUAGUUGGAUAUAGAUACAUCAUAACAAUUAUAUCCAUGUGUGGGUGGUUUCAGUAAUUCUAAAAUAAAAAUAUUGGAUAAUGUACCAGUUUGAUGAUGCAGUAUAUCAUCCUAAAUUAUUUAAUUUAAGAAAUUUUUCGGUUCUAUUUUUUAAUCAAAGUAAAUUAUAAAUAUUAUUGAUAUUUUUUGCAACAAUUUAAAUAACUUUAGGUUUAUAUUUGGAAAACUUGGUUUGAUGGUUAUGAAAGAUUAUGAAAUUUACAGAAUUAGUGAAUGAAAAAUUUGUCCCAUUUGAUAAUUAAGGAAAUUUAUCCAGACUGGCUUUUUUUCUUUGAAGUAUAUGAAUCUUUUC